AUGCCGCCGCCCGCCGCAGCUGCUGCUGCUGCUGCUGCUUCUGCUGCUGCUGCUCUGGAGACGCGGGAGGAUCUGCACGAUCCCGAUCCCCAGUCUCUUGCAGCAGAUACCCAGCUGUUCUCUGCUGCUCCUUCUUCUCCCCCUGCACGACCCCGGAGCUGGGGGGCCCCCAGGGGGUCACGGGGGGCCCCACGGCGUUCUGUCCUCGCAUCGAUUGCUGCUGCGCUGCCGUUGCUGGCGCUUCUGCUGCUGCUGACGGUAUGUAGGGUCCCCAGGAUCAGAGACCAGGCGGGGGGGGGGACCCCCCCGGGCUUGGGUCUCGUAGAGGAGUGUAUGGCGCUGCAGGCUGAGCUGGGUAUCACACCACAGCAGCAGCAGCUGCUGCGUCAGCAACAGCAGCAGCAACAGCAGCUGCUGCAUCCUUACCAUCAACCGCAGCAGCUGCCGCAUCUGUACCAGCUGCAGCAGCAGCAGCAGCAGCAGGCACAGCCGCAUCUGCAGCAGCAACGCCAACAGCAGCAGCCGCAUCCGCCCCAGCAGCAGAUUCUGCUGCUGCUUCCGCACGAAGGGCAGCAUCAACAGCAACAACUGCUGCUGCAGCACCAACAGCAGCAGCAGCAGUUACAGCACCACCAUCCGCCCCAGCAGCAGAUUCUGCUGCUGCUUCCGCAGGAAGGGCAGCAUCAACAGCAACAACUGCUGCUGCAGCACCAACAGCAGCAGCAGCAGUUACAGCACCAACAGCACCAGCAGCAGUUGCAGCACCAACAGCAGCAGCAGCAUCAGUUGCAGCACCAACAGCAGAAGCAGCAGCAGUUGCAGCACCAACAACACCAGCAUCCGUUGCAGCACCAACAGCAGAAGCAGCAUCCGUUGCAGCACCAACAGCAGCAGCAGCAUCCGUUGCAGCACCAACAGCAGCAGCAGCAGUUGCAGUACCAACAGCAGCAGCAACAGCAGUUGCAACACCAACAGCACCAGCAGCAGCAGUUGCAGCACCAACAGCACCAGCAGCAGCAGUUGCAGCACCAACAGCAGCAGCAUCCGUUGCAGCACCAACAGCAGCUGCAGCAGCAGUUGCAGCACCAACAGCAGCUGCAGCAGCAGUUGCAGCACCAACAGCAGCACCAGCAUCCGUUGCAGCACCAACAGCAGCAGCAGCACCAGCAUCUGUUGCAGCACCAACAGCAGCAGCAGCAGCAGUUGCAGCACCAGCAGCAGCAGCAGCAUUUGCAGCACCAACAGCAGCAGCAAUUCCUAGACGAGACCCAAUCCAAAUCCAACAAAGCCUGCAUCAGCAGCGGGAGCAAGCAGUUGCAGCACCAACAGCACCAGCAUCCGUUGCAGCACCAACAGCAGCAGCAGCAGCAGUUGCAGCACCAACAGCAGCAGCAGCAGCAGUUGCAGCACCAACAGCAGCAGCAAUUCCUAGACGAGAGCGAGCAGCAGCUAGACGAAAUAGAGUCGCUGCUGCAUGCAGACGCAGCUGCCUUUGGAGGGGUGGAUCUACAAACAUAUCUUGGGGCUUUGCCUGCUGCUGCUGCUGCAGCACCUGCAGCAGCAGCAGCAGCAUCUGCUGCUGCUGACGAUGAUUUCAGCCCAAUCCAAAUCCAACAAAGCCUGCAUCAGCAGCGGGAGCAACAGUGGCGGCAGCAGCAGCAGCAGCAGCAGCAGCAGCAGCAAGUCUACCCAUACAUGUUCGAGGAUGAAGACUCGCCGGAGCUCAGUGUAUCGCCGCUACAAGAGGUGCCUGUACACCCGGGGCUGCAGCAGCAGGUGCAUCAGCAGCAGCUGCAGCAGGUGGAACAGCAGCAGCAGCAGCAGGUGUUGCAGCAGCAGGUGCACCACCAGCAACGUCAGGUCCAGCAACAGCAGCAGCACCCACAGCAGGUGCAGCGGCUGCUGCUGCUGCCACAGCAGAAGUUGCUGCUGCUGCCGGCGCAGCAGCAGCCGCAGCAGCCGCAGCAGGUGCAGCCGCAGCAGGUGCAGCCGCAGCAGGUGCGCCAGCAGCAGCUGCGUCAGCAGCAGCAUGAGGUGCAGCAGCAGCAGCAGCAGGCGCAGCCGGUGCUGCAGCCGCAGCAGGUGCAGCCGCAGCAGGUGCAGCCGCAGCAGGUGCAGCCGCAGCAGGUGCAGCCGCAGCAGGUGCAGCCGCAGCAGCUGCGUCAGCAGCAGCAUGAGGUGCAGCAGCAGCAGCAGCAGGCGCAGCCGGUGCUGCAGCAGCAGCAUGUGAUGCAGCAGCAGGUGAUGCAGCAGCAGCUGCGCCAGCAGCAGUAUCAGGUGGAGCAGGAGCAGCAGCAGCAGCGGCGGUUGCUUCUGCAGCAGGAGAUGCAGCAGCACCCUCCACUUACCGCACAGCAGCAGCAGCACCAACGGGUGCAGCAGCAGAUGCAUGAGUUGACGAAGCAGCAGCUGGAACUAGGGGAGCAGCAGCAGCUGCACCUGAGGAUGCAGCAGGAGCAGCAGAGGUGGAUAGAUCAGCAGCAGCAGCAGCAGCAGGUGGUGUCGCAGCAGCACUUGCAACCGACGGAUCAGCAGCAUCACCUGCAGCUGCAGCAGACGGUGCAGCGGCAACUGGAGAUGGGACAGCAGCAGCAGCAGCAGGUGGUGUCGCAGCAGCAAUUGCAACCGACGGAUCAGCAGCAUCACCUGCAGCUGCAGCAGACGGUGCAGCGGCAACUGGAGAUGGGGUGGCAGCAGCAGCCGCGCAUGCAGCAGCAGCAGCAGCAGGCCCCUUUUGAAAGGCAGCAGAGGGUGCAGCAGCAGGUCGUUGAGCAGCAGCAGCAGCUGGAGCAAGGUGUGCAGCAGCAGCACCGCUUUGAGCAGCAGCAGCUGCUGCAGCACGGGAUGCAGCAGCAGCAGCAUCAGCCACCGCUACAUGUGCAGCAGGAGCUGCUGCAACAGGAGAUGCUGCAGCAGCAGCAGCUGCAGCAGGAGCAGCAGCAGCAGCAGCAGCUCCAACAGCAGCUGCUGCAGCAGCAGCAGAUGCAGCAGCAGCAACAGCAACAACAGCAACAAAGACGCAUCGGGGUGCGAGUCGAGAUGAAUCUGCUGCUGCGGCACACGGGGUUGCAGCAGCAGCACAAUCUGGGGUCGCAGCAGCAGCAGCAGCUGGGGACGCAGCAGCAGCUGCACAUGAGUCUGCAGCAGCAGCAGCAUGGGGGAGUGCAGCAGCAGCUGCAGCAGCCACCGCCAGAUGUGCAGCAGCACCAGCAGCACCCGUACUAUGGCACGCAGCAACAGCUGCAACAGCAGCAGCAGCAGCUGCAGCUGCAGCAGCUGCAGCAUCAGCAACAGCAACUCCCCCUGGGUGUGCACCAGCAGCUGCAGCAACAGUACCCUGAGGCUCAGCAGCAGCUGGAGCAGCAGAUGCAGCAGCACAUGCAGCAGCAGAUGCAGCAGCAGCUGCAGCAGCUGCAGCAGCAGCUGCAGCAGCAGAUGCAGCAGCAUCUGGAGGAGCAGAUGCAGGAGCAUAUGCAUCGACAGAUGCAGCAGCAGCUGCAGCUGCAGCAGCAGAUGCAGCAGCAGAUGCAGCAGCAGAUGCAGCAGCGGCUGGAGCACAGGAUGGAGGAGGAGCAUAUGCAUCGACAGAUGCAGCAGCAGCUGCAGCUGCAGCAGCAGAUGCAGCAGCAGAUGCAGCAGCGGCUGGAGCACAGGAUGGAGGAGAAGGUGGAGCAGCAGCUGCAGAAGCUGCUGGAGCAGCAGCUGCAGCAGCAGCCGCAGCAGCAGCAACAACAGCUCCCCCUGAGUUUGGAGGAGUUGCUGCAGCUGCAGCAGCAGCAUGCGUCACGGGGGCCCCUGCACCCAGCAGUGCAGCAGCAGGGGCCUCAUCAUCGUAUGCGGUCUCCUGGGGCCCCCUUGCCUGUGGAGACACCUGUACACCCGGGGGCGGAUGGGGGCGCUUCUGAGCCGCAUGCAGCAGCAGCAGCAGCAGCAGCAGCAGCAGCAGCAUCAAGUACCCAGGGGCCCCCCCGUGCUUCGCCCACGGUGUACGUACACCUCCAGCACGGGGCUGGGGCUGCGUUUUCCGUUUCGCGGCCGAUGCAUGCAGCAGCCCCGAAACGAAGGGAGACUGGUGCUGCUGCUGGUGCUGCUGCUGCCCAGCAGCAGCAGCAGCAGCAACGGCAGCAGCAGCAGCAGCAGCAGAGACAGCCUGGGACAGAGAAGCGUGCACGCCUGAGGCUCCUCUUGAAGCGCACCAGAACAAGCGGAGAGACAGCUGCUGCUGCUGCUGCUGCUGCUGCUGUGCAGCCUGACACCUGGCUGGAGCAGACAGGAGAAGGAGACAGUAGAGGAGACAGCAGAGGAGACAGCAGAGGAGACAGCGGGGAGACAGAGGCAAAGAGGCUGCUGCUGCUGCUGCUGCUGCUGCUGUGCAGCCUGACACCUGGCUGGAGCAGACAGGAGAAGGAGACAGCAGAGGAGACAGGAGAGGAGACAGCAGAGGAGACAGCGGGGAGACAGAGGGAAAGAGGGUACGGAGAGGAGACACAGGAGGGGAAGGGCCCUCUGGGUUGCAGGCGCAUGCAAAGAGCAGCAGCAGCAGCAGCAGCAGCAGCAAAAGAGCUGCUAGCAGCAGCAAGAUGUCUGAGGGUAGAGAAGAAGAAGAGACAGAUGAGGAGGAGGAGGAGGAGGAGGUGGAGGAUGGGGGCAGCAUCAGCAGCAGCAGCAGCAGCAGCAUGA